UGGUGCGUGUUUGGGUGCGCAGGGCGGCGUUCGCCACGUGGCUGCUGAUGAACCUGCUGCUGGUGGUGGUGCCGCGCUACGGCGCCUACGCGAUGGUGCUGACCGGCGCGCUGCUGGCGGCCGCCGACCUCGUCUACUGGGCGCUGCUGCCCGCGCGCCCGCUCUUCAUUCGCCUGGAGGGCGGCACGCUCGCCUUCCGCCUGGGCUGGUGCUUCUGGUUGGUGCUCGCCGCAGGCGGCGCUGUGCUGCUGGUGGGGCUUGGCGAUCGCGGCGGUGGACCUGGCGUUCCCUGUUGCUCCCCCGGCAACGGCUUCUCCACCAUCUCUCGAGGUGACUACGAUAACGCCGAGAGCCACGACACGCGCAACAAGAAGAAGAAGCCCGUGGGCCCAGCGGGCAGCCGCAGCCUCGAGGAGCCCGCGGGCGCGGGACUGGGUUCCCGGAUCCUCAGGCGGCUGUCGAAGCGUGAGCGGCUGGAGGGCCGGCAGGGCGUGGUGAACGACGCGUUCGAGAUGGAACCGCCCAAGUCGCCGUGGCGCUACCCGUUCCAGCGGCCCAUGAUGACGCGCAACCCGCACCUGCAGCGCAGCCUGUCGGCCGACUCGGGCAGCAGCGCGGGCGGCGACGUGUGCUCGCCCGCGGCGCCCACGACGACGCCGUCGACGACAACGACGACGACGCAGCGUCCGCAACUGGCUCCAUUGACGCUGGUGGCGGCGUCGGUGGCGCCCGCGCCGCGCUCCCCGCUGGCGUCGCCCACCACCCCCGCCCCCGCGCCCCCGACGUCGCCGCUCGCGUCGUCCGCCGCCAGCUCCAGUUCGGCCUCCAGCCUGGGGCUGACGCUGCUGCAGCGGCAGGGGUCGUCGGCGGCGGCGAGGGCGGCCGCGCUCGGCGAGUCCAGUGGAAUGGAAAGUGAAAAAUUAUUUUUCUCUUUUUGA